ACGAUCUCUAUUAUAUCCAUAUUGUAAGAAAGACGUGUGUCGUAAACAGACUGAGAUUAUAUAUAUUUAUCGUACACCUAACGCUGACAAAGAGUGCGCCUGUAUAUGUCUUCAUAUAAGAAGCCCUAACUCAUAACAUGUGUUGAAAAAGAUAAUAUGGACGGGUGUCUGUCAUCUCGGGGCAACCACAAACAAACCUCGCUCCUGUAAUGACGAUGUUGAGAUACUAUUCCUGUCUCGUGGAGCUGACUUCCCGUGAUUCAUCAGAGAUAAUAUUAUUACCUGGACAACUGUUUAAAGGAUAGACUCCGGUCAUAUUUCUUGGCGUUCUGACCAUUGGUCAUUGACGAGUCGUUGUCAGGAUGGUGUUACUGUCCAAUUACUGCUGGCUAGUGUUUCAUUGACCAUUGAUCAAUAUCACUACUGAACAACAGGCAGAGUGUUGGUGUUACUGAGGCAUACUGGACAAUACACACGCUUACUGGGCGCAUUGGAAGGCACUUAGGGUCAUCGGACUGCUAACCUAGGCGCAUUGGAAACAGCCAUUGGACUUCUUACCUAAGUCCAUAGGAUAUAUAGAAUCACUGGAUUACUUGAUAUAGGCGCACGAGAUCCAGACAAAACAGCAAAAUGAUAGAGAACGGUUAUGAAGAACAUUUUGCUUACUCAGACGACAGAGUACGGAAUGGACGUGCUUCGUCAAGAAGUGGGCGCACGAGUCCGGCUCACAGCGCCCAUGGAAGCCUAAUUCGACAUAGUUUGAUGAAGGGUACCGACGACAAGCGCGCCAUGAAGGUCAGAUUCUACCGUAAUGGGGACAAAUUCUUCAAGGGAAUUGUAUACGCUGUGUCAUGUGAGCGAUUUCGGACGCUUGAUUCGUUACUUGUUGAUCUUACCAAUAGUCCGGUGUGUGACCGGAACGUUCUCCCUAAUGGAGUCCGUCAUAUCUUCUCUACUGACGGAAGUCACAAGGUGACCAACCUUGACCAAUUAGAGGAAGGCGAGAGUUAUGUGUGCGCAUCAACAGAGCUCUUCAAACGUCUGGACUAUACAAAAAGCGCUAGCCCCAAUUGGAACGUGAAUGUUCGCGCCAAAGAUGACGACUCGGCCAUUUCCGGUACAAAUCGUGAAUCACUUAUGGAGGACAUGAAGGAUUAUAUAAAACCCAAACUGGUCACGAUUGUCCGAAACGGGUCAAAACCCCGCAAGGCCGUGCGUGUGCUCCUUAACCGGAAAACGGCUCAUUCGUUUGACCAAGUCAUGGAUGACAUCACAGAGGCCAUCAAGCUCGACUCGGGUGCUGUUCGCAAAGUGUUUACCCUGGACGGCAAGCAGGUGACGAACCUGUACGACUUUUUCCAGGAUGAUUCCGUGUUCAUAGCCUAUGGUCCUGAGAGGUUCUCAGCCGACGACUUUGACCUUGACGACAAUGGGAAGAAAACGGUCCGGAAAAAAGAAGAGGUGAGGCUGGUCUCCCCAUACAAACCGUCACCCUUCAAGGAGAAGCGAGUCACACUACGAUCGGCAAAAUCACCGAGAUCCUCACGCAAGCUGUCACUAUCAAAUAGAAGCUUAAAUGAAGAAUACCAGGAGUCCCGGUCAGGGCGGAGCUCCCCUCUGUCAUCUCCACACUCCUCCCCCCGCAUGUCGCGCAAGUCCAGUGGCCGCGUUGUCUCUGCUCCAAAGUACAGACUUCAGGAAGGGCUGGAUGGGGAGAGCUACGCAGGUCCUCCAAGUCUUGGCAAGAAGUAUGAGAUUGGCCGAACCAUCGGGGAAGGCAACUUCGCUAUUGUCAUGGAGUGUAUAGACAGGACAACCAAUAAGAGGUAUGCCCUAAAGAAGAUUGAUAAGACCAGGUGCAAAGGAAAGGAACAGAUGAUUGAGAAUGAAGUGUCGAUCUUGAGGAAGGUCCAGCAUCCCAACAUCAUCAUGCUGCUGGAAGAGUUUGACGCUAAGGAUGAGCUGUAUCUAGUCAUGGAGUAUGUCAAGGGAGGUGAUCUGUUCGAUGCCAUAGCCAUGGCAACCAAGUACACAGAACAAGAUGCCAGUGGCAUGGUGUACAACCUAUCAAGUGCACUCAAGUACCUACACAAUCUCAAUAUCGUCCACCGUGAUGUCAAGCCCGAGAAUCUACUGGUAUUCCAACAUACCGAUGGAGCAAAAUCCAUCAAGCUAGGUGAUUUUGGUCUAGCCACGUAUGCCACAGAAGUCCUUUACACAGUGUGUGGCACACCAACAUAUGUGGCACCAGAGAUCCUCGCAGAAAUUGGAUAUGGGUUCAAGGUGGACGUGUGGGCAGCUGGCGUGAUUUUGUACAUAUUGCUCAGUGGAUUCCCUCCCUUCGUCAGCACAAGUAAUGACCAGGAGGAGUUGUUUGACCAGAUACUGGACGGCAAGUUUGAGUUCACAGCACCGUUCUGGGAUGAUGUGUCCGACUCGGCUAAGGAUCUAAUCAGUCAGAUGUUGGAUGUUGACCCUAACAGUCGCCUGUCUGCUGCAGAUGUUCUAGUCCACCCAUGGGUUGCUGACGACAUGGCUAAGAAUGAGGACAUACAUGGUAACAUCACCACCAGUAUUAAGAAACACUUCAAGAGGAAGUCCAAGCCGUCCCUCAGUACCGCUGGCAUCAGGAUAGUCACUAGUACAGCCCUAGACAAGGGAUCAAGGUUUUUCCCGGGGAGGAAGGCAGCUCUGACACUCCAGCAGCAAGACAAUGGAGACGAGGUGUUUUGAGGUGUCCGCGGAAGUGUUCAACAGUAUUAUAUUGUUGUUAUGUCCCCACAAAAGUCUUCUCUACAAAUCUGAGUCUUAAUCAUGUAAUUGGUUUCAUGAGAAAAAGGUAACACCUCAAGCUCUGAAUUUGGAGAGCUUAACAACUAGUGUCAUGGUUGAUUUUUCCUGAUAUGGUUGUGACUGAUAUCCAGCAAGUCAUGUUAUUUCAGUUUUGUGUUCAAAAAUAGGUAUCAAUCAAGAAAGAGAAACUUUGUGAGCCGAGAGCAAUGUUUGAUUCUAUCAAUCUCCGAGACAUUCUUAUUUCUGGGGUCAAAGAAGUUUCUGUGUUAGAUUUUGUAGAUUCAUCUCCAUUUAUAUUUCUUUCAAUCCAGUCUACUGUCUAAGGCCAAAAAGAAAUUAUGUGUGUUUCGGGUCCCGACCUUAACCCCUAAGAUUUUCCUGUAGACCCGAGAACAUUUUAUCACCUUCUUGUAUCCAAAAUUAAUCUUUUAUCCAGGCAAAGCUCCCAGUCACUGACUGCAUUCUGUAAUGCGUGUAAAUGCAUUGUAAAAUUUUAUAUAAACCAUAACCAUAUUGAUCCAUGAAAAUAAAAAUUAACCCUAUUUAUUCUGUCACGACACCUGAAACACACAUACUGUUUUUUGUUUUUUUACUAAAGUUGGUGCAGAUUGAAUUAUGAAGAAGCAUCUUGUUAAUGUGUUUCCUGUAAUGUAUGUUAUACGUAGUGUUGACAAAUGAUAUAUUCAAGGGGAGAUAAUACAUGUGUGAUCAAUGCCAGACAAGUGGCUCUGACAAUUUGUCAGUUGAAAUGCAUCAACUAACGUCGUAAUGCUAUAAAUGUACUUUUAAAAUGGCACUAAAUAUUUCAGCAUAUUUUCUGCUACAUGUAUUUUGAAAGCACUAAAUACGGAUAAAUUCAAUAUUCCUGCUGUUUUUAGUAGUAGUGUAUUUGAAAAAAUGGUGCAUGUAUACAGUAGGGUAAAAUCUUCCUGUUUACAAAAUCACAUGAAAAUGUUUCUACAAACUCUGUUAACAUAUACCCAUACGUAUCCGGCAAUAGGCCAAUCCAUAUAUAUUGCAUUUUGGAAGAAAUGCCAACAAAUUCUUUCCUUGUCCUCAUCUGGCCCCCUGGGCUUAUUGUAGGAUAAAUAUGGUAGUAAAUCUACAAAGACACCAGCUUCAAGUGCAUUUCAUAUUUUGUAUAAACAUCUUUAUGUAAAUGCAAUGUGCUAUGAGCUAUCAAUGGAAUUUUCAAGAAACUAUUUUUUUCUCACAUAUUCAUUUUGCACUACAAAUUUUGGAUUGUAACAUUCAACAAUUAGUAUGACAAAAUAUUUCUUAUAUCUAGUUCACAAAAUCUGCCUAUGUAUUGUACAGCUCAAUCAUCAUUUGAAAAUAGUAUUAGAAUGCCAAACGGAACACUGAAAAAUGUAACACAGAAAUGUAGUUAAUACUGUAGUACAAAAAUGGUUACCAUAGAUACAAAUCAUGUGAUUGUAUGGAAACCGUUACACCGUCAAACGCAAUGUUUACUUUAAAGAAACCAUGGUUACUGUGGUAACCAGUAGUUACUUAGGAAACCAAUCAAAUGAUAAAACAGUGUAACUAGUAUGCAUACCUGAACUGUAGAUGUCCACUAACCAACAGGGCUACUUGUCCAGUGUAAAAAUAACGAUGAAAAUGCAUUGUAGUCAGUAUUGAAAGCAUUUCCAAUAUAUUUGUGAGGAAAAUGAUCAUAAAUAUAUAAUUGAUAUACCUGUUUCCUUCAUUAUUAAUUAAAUUUCAUUUUAUGAAGUCAAUAAGUAUUUCAUAUUUCAAUAAGUGUUGUUAGUAAGGUUAUCAUAACCUAGACAUGACUAGGAUUACAAGAUUCUGUUUCUCUCGCUCUUUUCCUGCUCAGUCCACCAUUGAUUUUCAUAGCUGUAGGAAAUAAUGAUUCUAUUUCUCAUUUCAACCUCAGUAAAUACCACUGUAGGAGUUUUUUUGAUUAAUGAAGAUUUUAUUUAUUUUGAGUGGAAUUAGAGAUUCUAUUUCUCCAGUCUGCUAACAGACAUUAACAACACUGGGUGAACGUCAGACUAUAAAUUGUACAUACUCAUUUUGUAAUAUAAGAAUAUCAUUAUUUAUAUAAUUUAUACUAUGUAAAUCAUCAUGUACAUAAUUCUUUUUUUGAUGAAAACAUAAAACUGUUGUCAAUCAUAUGGUUCUUCAGCAAUGGUCGUUUUUUGUUUUGUUUAUACAAUGUACCCUAUUUUACCACUAACUAGGACUGCUUAUAACCCGUUCUCAGGACCUCAACACUCCUGGGCAUACCAGCGGUAAAAUACCAUAAGAUGGAAUUUCAUUUAUCCAGACAAUUUUGCUUCUGAUUAUUCAAGGCAAUGAGUGUCAGGAUAAGGCAGGUUCUGUUGCAUGUAUCGUAAAACUUUUCUUAAUGAACCACCACCUGGACCCAGUGUUCCAGUCAGAAUACACAGGCUUCAUUGUAUAAAGAAUAUACAGUUCGACCUAGUCGAACAUUUAGUAUUAACAGGUUUGGUAUGGACAGGUUACGAUGUAUAUUUUUAGUUAGAUGCUGGUGCUACCAUUAUUUGUUAGUAAUGUAAGGUUGAUUUUCCUGCCUCCAUGAUUCUGCUCGAUUCUUUUUUUAAUCUUUGACAACAUGCCCCUCUUUAUCAUUCAUUUCAAGACGUUAAUUGUAAAUAAUAAAAUUUAUCAUGUGUAUGUCUGUUUUAUUCAACGACACAAAAUUCAAAAUAUGAAAUUUCAUGCCAACAGAAAAAUAAUGCAGUACAAGUCUGCACGAGUGUAAACAAAUAUUUUGGAUAACUCUUAAUGGAAAGUCAUUAAAAACAGUAUAUUGUAUAGCCUUGAAGCUGUACAUUUUUAAAAGAAAACGUUUUCGAGGUAUUAAGUGUCCAAAUUUUGGUAACAAGGUUUCAGUGUUUGAGAAGUGCCUAUUUCACUGUCAAUUAUUUAAGGAUACAUAACACCUUACUCAGACAUAAACCUCCAUGCCAGAAGAUUUCCACACUUGAACAAAUGCAAGCUAAGGGAGAUAACUUUGGCAGCACAGUCCAACAUAUCCCUGGGUAUAGUAUAUAUCACAUUGUGUCCCUUUUGUUUUAAUUAUAUCCUACAUAUGUUGUAUUAAGGUUUUUCUUCGCUAUAAUUGUGAAAUAAUAAAGUGAUUAUAUAAUAUUCCAAAUCAACUAGUGAUUUAAUUAUCAUUGCACGCCUUAAGUUUGUCAGCACCUGGCCUCAAAAUUCACGUAGAAGUCUUCCGAUUGGUUAAUAUAUAAGAUUUUUUUGAAAAUUGACUAAUCAGAAGAGGUCUUAAUGGAUUUGGAGCCAGAACACAAGAUGUUGUGUCAAUUAUGCCCAUUAAUUUGCUCAAGUGCUUUCAUACAGUUCGUAUUCCAACAUUGAUAGUGCACGCAUCAGAGGUUGUCAAUUUAUGUAUUUGAUGUACAUAUAUGCAUAUGAUCUUGUUUAUAUCCAGUUAUCAAAAUGUGUUAACUUGAUUUUUAUUUUUUUAACAUUUGCAAUCAUACCUUGGUAUUCCCCUUUCCCUUUAUUUGGCAAUGCUGUAUGUGAGAAAGGCCUCAUUUUCGUACUUGUCCAGAGUGUAUAAUAAUCAAAGAUGUGUGAUCAGGGUCCGCUUGUCAACAUCCUUCACGAGAUUAAUGAAGGUUACACUAUGUCAAGUAACAGUAUCAAAUUCUUUUCCCCAAAGAAAGUUUGCAAGAUGUCUGAUUAUGGGUUUAUUGAACACUAAUCAAUUUGAAUCUCAAGGAAGGUUUUUACCCAAUAAUCAAGAAAACACAAUUAGUUCUUCAUGUUUCUCUGGUGUAUGUGUAUAGCUUUCAUAAUAUGCUGCCUAAAGCAACUGGUUAAUGUGUUGCCAGGGGUAAAAUUUAUGAAAGAUUAUCAUGUUUUGACAAGUUAUCUAGGUUUUAUUCAUACAACAUACAUGAACUUUGAACAUUCCAGUUUCUAAAUCUAUUUGUCCUUAAUACAAUAUGUUGCCUAGUUUUGUGACCUUGAUACACUGUUGCCAAGGUUUCAUGACAUGUUUAACCUCAAUUGGUACACAUGCUGCCUUGGCUUCAGGACCUCUGAUGACCAUGCUGCUUAGCUUUGACUUUUGUAUGUUAUGUUUCCCAGGUUUUUACAUCUGUGCAGCAUAGGUUUAAUGACCUUGACAUUAUAACAUUGGUGUUUCAUGACGUCAGAGUGAUCUUGGAUUAGGUUUCAUACCUAGUACAGGAUGUUGCUGGGGUUUCAUACACUGUGUGUUACCAAGAUUUCACAAUCUGUGUUUCAAGGUGAUGCAGGUGGCCUGGGUUUUACGUAACCUGACAUUCAAAUCUCUCAACCUAGGUGAAGUACGUUGCUUGGGUUUCAAGAUAUUUAUGGCCUUAAUAUGUUGCCAAGGUUUCACUUCCCGUUUGACAUUUUCAAUGAUAACUGCGGCACCUUUGAUCACAUACACUUGUAUUUGCCUUGGCAUCUUGACAUCUUAUUGUUUGAUUUAUGUUCGUUUUCGUCUUGGUUUGUCGCCAAGUUUAAACCACGUGUAUUUUUGAGUAAUGUUGUGGCCUAUCUUGAUCUGAGAGAGCACAGCUUGAGUAGCAAUACACAAAAGAUGUCCUUUAAGUUGCUCAUGUUGUAUGUUGUCAAUAUAUCGCUACAAAGUGAUUUUAACCAAUCAAAUGAUAAAAUAAAAAUAUCAUUCCAGA